CACGCAUAUUGACCAAUCGCAAUGGAGCGGUCUGGUCCUUCGAAGGACCCGAUGAGGUCGUGGGAAUGCACGAACAUAAAAACAAUAAAAUGUGAAUACUUUAACUAAAAUUAAUCGAAUUUCCUUAUUGUACAAUUCACAAAACGAAUGAUUGACAGCAAUGAUAGAUUCAUAGAUACGUAUUUGUGAAUGUUAUUUUUUGUUUACAUUAUUUUACGUCAGGCUUAUAUAUGGUUGAUGACUUGGUUUAUCUCAUUCUGUGUAAUCGUAGCUAGUUUUAAACAGUUGAGGCUCGGGAGUCGAUAUACCGCAACAGGGGGAUACUCUGCUUCAGCCGAAAUAUGGUUCGCAUGAUGGGGCUGCUUUCAGUGAGUGUUGUGCCCCUGCGGAACGGGGUGCAGGCUUGGGGCAGAGGCUGCGCCACCAUCCCUGCAGCUUUUCGCUACAGUAACGUUAGCGCAUUAUCGAAGGUAGGGUGUCAUUUCUUGAAAUAAUUCCGUCUGCCGUCAACUUGCAAAAGAACCAUGUAAUGAUAUCACACAUUAAUUGCCAAAUGUACAAUAUAUUUACAAAUGCAUGAUUAAGCCGUGUUUGCCUUUACUUGAUGAACUUUGUCAUAAAGAGUUUCUUACAUAAAGAUCCCUUCCUUGCUUAUGAAACUUUUUUUCCUCUCAUUCAUUUCAUAACAUCGAGUUGCUGCGUUCUGUGGGGAAGUUCGUCUCCGCUGCAGCACAUUAUGGGUCAUGGCUAGAAGGGACCUCUCCAGUUUUGAUCAAAUUAACGUCAGAUUUGACUUUUCGUAGCAGUGUUCCACAUUAAAAAGAAUCAAUCCCAUGGGAUUAAAUCAAUGCAUUUACACAUUGGCUCGAUUGCUCAGUUCCAAUCCCCCACAAGGAUUUGAGAAGUUCUUCCCAAAGUGUGAGGAUACUCCUGGAGUGAACAAAUCAUCUGAAGAGACCGGAGAUGAGAAGACCGAAGAGCCAGAAUCUCAGGGCGGAGGAGAAGGGGGACCAAAUGCAGGUGGCGAGAGAGAGAGGAGGAGAGGCGGAAGGAAGGAUGAAUCAGACUGGUGGACACGCUUCCAGAAUGAUUUCCCCUGGGAUGAGAAGACCACGCGCAAUGUCGCAAUCGGAUUCGCCGGCAUGGCCUCUGCUUUCCUGUAUUUCUACUUCCGAGAGACUGGGAAGGAAGUCUCCUGGAAGGACUUUGUAAAUAACUACCUGGCUAGAGGACUGGUGGACCGUCUGGAGGUAGUCAACAAACAGUAUGUCAGAGUCAUCCCAGUGCAUGGAGUCAACACGUCAGAGGUGAGCUACCUGUGGUUCAACAUCGGCAGCGUGGAGACGUUUGAACGCAACCUGGAGCUGGCCCAGCAGGAGAUGGGCCUGGGCUCUACACACAGAGUACCUGUGAUCUAUGGAAGCGAGAGCGACGGUACUUUCCUGAUGAGCAUUCUUCCAACCCUGUUGCUGGUUGGCUUCCUGCUCUUCACCAUGCGCCAGGGACCAAUGGCAGGAGGGCGUGGCGGGGGGCGGGGCAACCCCUUCAGCAUGGGCGAAUCCAAGGCCAAGAUCAUGAAGGACAACAUUGACGUGAGAUUUAAGGAUGUGGCGGGCUGCGAAGAGGCCAAGCUGGAGAUCCUAGAGUUUGUCAACUUCCUGAAGAACCCCCGGCAGUACCAGGACCUAGGAGCCAAGAUCCCCAAGGGUGCAGUGUUGUCGGGUCCCCCCGGCACAGGGAAGACCCUGCUAGCCAAGGCCACAGCCGGAGAGGCCAAUGUCCCCUUCAUCACCGUCAACGGAUCUGAGUUCCAGGAGAUGUUUGUUGGCGUGGGUCCAGCCAGGGUGAGGGAUAUGUUUGCCAUGGCCCGUAAGAACGCUCCCUGCAUCCUGUUCAUCGAUGAGAUAGAUGCCGUGGGCAGGAAGAGAGGCAGAGGGAACUUUGGGGGACAGAGUGAGCAGGAGAACACACUCAACCAGCUGCUAGUGGAGAUGGAUGGGUUCAACACCAGCACUAACGUGGUCGUCUUGGCUGGAACCAACCGACCAGACAUCCUGGACCCAGCACUGAUGAGACCUGGGCGCUUCGACAGACAGAUUUACAUAGGUCCACCAGACAUAAAGGGCAGAGCGUCCAUCUUUAAGGUCCAUCUGAGGCCUCUGAAGCUGGACUCCAGUAUAAACUCUGAAGCUUUGGCCAGGAAACUAGCUGCCCUCACACCUGGCUUCACUGGAGCUGAUAUUGCCAACGUGUGUAAUGAGGCGGCCCUGAUAGCAGCACGCUACCUUAACGAGUCUAUCAUCGUCAAGCACUUUGAGCAGGCCAUAGAGAGGGUCAUCGGAGGUCUGGAGAAGAAGACCCAGGUACUACAGGCAGUAGAGAAGACCACUGUAGCAUACCACGAGGCUGGUCAUGCUGUGGUAGGCUGGUACCUGGAACACGCUGACCCUCUGCUCAAGGUGUCAAUCAUCCCCCGGGGGAAGGGUUUGGGGUAUGCUCAGUACCUCCCUAAGGAGCAGUACCUGUUCACGCGGGAGCAGCUGUUUGACAGGAUGUGUAUGAUGCUGGGGGGACGCGUGGCAGAGCAGGUCUUUUUUGGGAAGAUCACCACAGGGGCACAGGAUGACCUCAGGAAGGUCACGCAGUCUGCCUACGCACAGGUGGUUCAGUUUGGGAUGAGUGAGGUGGUGGGCCAGGUGUCUUUUGAGCUCCCCAGGCAGGGAGAGAUGGUGAUGGAGAAGCCUUACAGCGAGCCCACGGCCCAGCUCAUAGACCAGGAGGUCCGCUCACUCAUAGACGCUGCCUUCCAACGCACACACCAGCUCAUCACUGAGAAGAGAGAUGUGGUGGAGAAGGUGGGGAGGCGUCUCCUGGAGAAGGAGGUUCUGGACAAGGCUGAUAUUCUGGAGCUGCUGGGUCCUCGCCCCUACGAGGAGAAGUCUACAUAUGAGGAGUUUGUUGAGGGGAUGGGGGCCAUGGAGGAGGACACCUCCUUUCCCGAGGGCCUCAGGAACUGGAACAAGGACCAGGGGAUGGAAGAGCCCCCCCAGGAGCAGCAACGCAAACAGGCUCUUUACCUGUAGACUGACACCACGUCUGACCUGGCCCCCACCCAACCAGGCCACUGGAGGGACAUGUUGAGACUUCAUAUGGCGAGAGGAAGGCACUUGACAUGACCCAGACAGACUGAUAUCAGGAGAGGGUGUCAGGUUUAAGAAGGCACCAUGUCCUGUGUGGUCAUUCUAAGGCCCUAGAGACCAUGGUCGUCACAUCUUUGUCACAGGGAAAAUAUAUUGUUUUUAUAAACUCAGCAAAAAGAGAAAUAUCCCUUUUUCAGGACCCUGUCUUUCAAAGAUAAUUCAUAAAAAUCCAAAUAACUUCACAGAUCUUCAUUGUAA